AUGGUGGCGACGACAGACUGCAUCGAGAAAGUCAAACCCACUGCUGGAAACAAGGUGUCCAAACCACUCAUGGAAAAAAAGCGAAGAGCGCGCAUAAACCAGUGUCUGGACCAGUUAAAAUGUCUCCUGGAGAGCUACUACAGCAGCAGUAUUCGAAAGCGCAAACUGGAAAAGGCUGACAUCUUGGAGCUCACCGUGAAACAUCUCAAGAACCUCCAGAAAAUUCAAAUUUGCGCAGCGUCUGCUUUCGACGUUUCCGACUACCAAAGUGGCUUCCGCAGAUGUCUAACCAAUGUCAACCAGUACUUGCUGAUGGCAGAUAAUCUAAACGCGAGCGACCGCUGGAUGUUAUCGCAGCUUUCCAAUAAACUCUCUCGCUCUCGGAGAAGAGCGGAAAUCUUCAGCACCAUGGACAGCGGUCUGGAGCAAACUGACACUCAGAGUGGGGCGCAGAAACUUUCUCCAUCCGCAUCCGGAACCGAGGAGAGAAAAACGACCAGAACGAAAACUUUGAAAGUCCACGGUGCAAGCACGUCUCCUUUUCCUCCAGCAGAAGAAGCAUUCCGCUCCACUGAAGCCAAACAGGCUGUUCUUUUUACGGCUCCUACACAAAAUAGUACUAAAAAAGGCUCCAGCGACAUAAAUGAAGGCGCGAACGUUCAGCAAAGCCUGUGGCGACCUUGGUAG